AUGCUUCAACUCGUUCUUUUGGCCUUUCUCGUCACCACUUUGUCAGCUGAAACGUGCAAUUUUAACUCGAUCUACAAUCCGAGUUUGGAGUUCUGCGUUUUCGCAUCGCAACAAGACGGAAAUGGAUUAUGGAACGAUUGGAGUGAUUGGUCUAUCUGUUCUGCGACAUGUGGCCUUUGUGGUACUCAGAUUCGAACUCGAACGUGUGCUUCUCAACCAUAUGGGUGCCCAUGCACAGGAAAUGCAAUGGAAGUUAGGCGUUGUGGAGCUUCGGGGUGCACGGGAAAGCCUUGUUGUGACGGGACUUAUAAAGCCGUGGCUUAUGACGGCACGAUCUUUUGCCAGCUUGAGCCGCCGAUAACUCCUCCCGGCACUUGGCAGCCUUGGUUUGCCACCUCUUUCUGCAAUGACACUUGUGGUAUGUGCGGGACCAUGACGCAAGCACGUUAUUGUAUGCCGACUGGUUCACAAUGCAAUGGGAACUUCACUCAGCAGAUUGCGUGUGGCGAUGGCUGGUGCUCGUCGCCGAAACCACCUUGCUGCCCGGGUUUUAUGAAGAGCCAGAAUCCAAUCACCAACGCUGAUAUUUGUGUCCCA